AUGAGGACGGUGGCGUUGAUCAGCGGGGGUAAGGACAGCUGCUACAACAUGAUGCAGUGUGUCGGCGCCGGGCACACGAUCGUAGCGCUGGCCAACCUCCAACCUACACUAAAAGAUGAGCUGGACAGCUAUAUGUACCAAACAGUGGGACACCAAGGUAUAGAUCUGUAUGCAGAAGCUAUGGGCCUACCACUAUACAGGGAAGCAAUAACUGGCAAUGCUGUUAACCAGGGCAAGAACUAUCAACCCACAGAAAAUGAUGAGGUUGAGGACUUGUACAGACUCCUUUCUAAAGUUAAGAAUGAUUUAGAUAUAGAGGCGGUUGCCGUUGGUGCCAUAUUGUCAGAUUACCAAAGAAUUAGGGUGGAAAAUGUAUGUCACCGAUUAGGUCUAGUCUCGCUUGCGUACUUAUGGAGGCGGAACCAAAAGGAAUUGCUGCAGGAGAUGAUAGCAAGCGGCGUCGAAGCUAUCAUCAUUAAGGUGGCAGCCCUCGGUUUGGACCCUCGAAUACACUUGGGCAUGUCUCUCCGCGACAUACAACCCCAUCUUCUAGUCAUGCAGGAGAAGUACGGGCUCAACGUGUGCGGGGAGGGCGGCGAGUACGAAACCUUCACCCUAGACUGUCCCUUGUUUAAGAAGAAAUUAGUUAUAGAUGAAAAGGAAUUGGUGUUACACUCGGACGACCCAGUCGCUCCAGUCGGCUACCUAAACUUAAAACUACAUUUAGCGCCAAAAGAAAACUUUGAUGAAGCAAUAAAACUACCUCCAACUGUUAAGAACCCAUUAGAUUUUAUAAACGAUUUAAGCGAUUCUGUGUUUAGCGAUGUAAGCGAUAUUGAACUGAGCGAGACGGAGCUAGAGUCUAUAGAGAAGUUAGAGAAGGAGGAGAAGAAGAAGCAGAAUGAACUGAAUCCAUUGCUCACUUAUUCUGGUGAUAAGGUAACUGGUGUUGAAGUGGACUAUGGGAAUGACGAGCCGGAUAGUAUAGCGGAGACCGGCGGGUAUACGUACGAGCAGGCUCAUAGAAAGCACGAGAGUCAGCCUAUACAUGACCACAGAAGUAUAUACGGUAACAAGCAUGGGUGGUACUUCAUCGGUGGUAUUGUCGGCGAGGGCGUGGAUACCAGGGUCGCCACCGAGGACGCUAUGAAAAAACUCAUUAGCUUGCUGGAGUCCGAGUCACUGCGUCUCAACGACGUAUGUUCAGUGAACAUCUAUAUGAGGGACAUGGAAGAAUAUGCCGCUUUGAACGAAGUCUACGUUCAAACGUUUAACUUUCCCAAUCCACCAACUCGUGUGUGCGUGCAAUGCCCUUUACCUGCAGACGUAGGGCUCAUAUUUGACGCUGUGGCUCACAAGUCUACAUACAACAACACACAUGACGUGGACGGCGCUGUCACGAAGGAGCGCGUCACUAUGCAUGUGCAGGGAAUAUCGCACUGGGCACCAGCCAACAUCGGACCAUACAGUCAGGCUGUUAAAGUGGGGGAAGUGAUGGGUACGUGCGGGCAGAUCGCGCUGGUGCCGGGCACGCUGGCGCUGGCGGGCGGCGGCGCGCGCGCACAGAGCGCACUGUCCCUGCGGCACCUCACGCGGGUACUGCGCGCGCUGCAUCCGCGGGCCCACAUACGGAGCGUCGUGCAGAGUGUAUGCUACGUAUGCGCGGGCGGCGCGGUGGGCGAGGCGCGGCGCCAGUUGGAGCGGCGCACGGCGGGCGCCAUCGUGCAGUACGCCGUCGUGCAGGCCCUGCCGCGACACGCGCUCGUCGAGUGGCACGCCUGGGCGCAUACUGACAACAACCGGUUUGAGUAUGAGGAGACUGGUUGCAAUGUGGGCGAUUACAAAGUUGCAAUCACGAGGAGGUGGAACUACGAGAACACUGUCGCCGCUUUUGUUUGUUAUGUUGCUACAGGUUCUUCGCCAUCAACUUGCCAGCUGUCAUUCCCGAGCGAGGAAGUUUGCACGACGCACCGCAUGCGAGCGUCCAGUAUGACGCAGGAACAAAUUGAAGAAGUGCUCGAAUAUGCGCUCCGUAAGCUCACACAAGACAGGGAUGUGGAAACUCAACACGCUGUCAAGAUGAGGAUAUUUUAUCAGGUGUGGAGUGCGCCGGGCCCGGCGGUGCUGUCGCGCGCGGUGCGGGCGGUGCGCGGGCGGUCGCGGCAGCGCGCGGCCGUGACGGCGGUGCCGGUGCUGGCGCUGCACAACGCAUUCACCUUCCUCUCCAUCAGCGGCCUGCGACUCGACGAGUGA